AGAAGAGAAAUGCCAGCUCGUACACGGAAGCAGGACCUGUCAAACCUCUUGAACCUGUCGGCCUGCGUUUGUCAGCUCGGAUUGCGUCGUGAGCUCUGAGGAGACGCAGCUGAAAUUAGACGGAUUCGGGUCGCGUUUCUUUGGCGUGUGGACACAGCCGACACGAUGAGGACGGCUUUGCUGCUGCUCACAAUAUCUGCAAUAUUCCUGUGUUUCAGCUCCAUCGGAGCACAGGGUGAAGUCUCCCCAGAUGCAAAAAGCCCACCAGUAAAUGAUACAAAUGGAACAGAUCAAUCUCAGUCAAGCGUGUCUGGUAACCACACCGGAAAGGCGGUUAACGCAUCAAAACAUGAAGAGUCACCCAGCUCAACUAAGAAGGGUGUGACUACAUCAGCUGAACAGUCCAAGGCAGUCGAGAAAAAUCCGGAAAGCGCUGUAAUUGAAACAGAUACACAGAGUCAAACUGAAAAGCAACAGGAGGAUGGAAAUGAUAAGCACGAUGGAAAACAGGAUUCUGGUCAGCAAACCCAAGGGAAAAACAAUCUGCCCAAUAAGACAGAUGUGCAAUCCAACCAAGCGGAGCCUGAAACCAAAGACAAAGAAAAAGCAAGUCCACAAGACAAAGCUCCUACAGAAAACAAUGCUAAAAAAAAGCCAAUCGAAAGCACAUCCACAGAGAAACCUAAAGAUGAAUUGAGCACCAUGGGGAAAAUCCAAGCAGAAGAUGUAGAUGAGGAUGAUGAUGAAGGGCUUGGUGACGAUCCGAUAGAUGACAAUGAGAAAACACCAGACCUCGCUAAUGGCGAAGAGCAAGGAAAGGAUGGUGUGGAGCCGACUAAAAGAAAAGAGGCGAAAGCUCCAUACGUCCCAUCCAAAAUGAUGGAAAACGGGGAAAGCAGCCAUUUCUUUGCCUACCUCGUUUCCGCAGCUGUGCUGGUGGCAGUGCUCUACAUCACUUACCACAACAAGCGCAAGAUAAUCGCCUUUGUUUUGGAAGGAAAGCAGUCCAGAGCUGCACGUCGACCUAAGUCCACAGAAUACCAAAAAUUGCAACAGCAGAUUUGAUCUCAAGCCAGCUGUUGGCUGUUUGAAAUGAAGGAGCGCAGAUACCGGUGUUCGAUAUAUUACUGAAGUACUCUGGGUUACACCUCGGGUUAAAUGAACAUUCUUCUAUUUUGGACCUUUUUAGAUGUUUAUUGCAUGACUAUGCAGGUGACACGAUUUGCCUUAUUGAGGGAAUGGGGGAAGUGCAAUGAAGGUAAAAUAGGCAUGCCGUUUUUGCACUUGUGUCAUUAUUUCACUUGUAGUUUGGCCUGACAAAGGUCCUUGCUCAGGAUGUUGAAGUAGCAAAUUCCAGCCUUACUCCUAAAUAAGCCAUUGGAAUCUUUGUAAAAUACUGUAAUGUGCUUUUUAUUUGCGGUUGUUAAAAAUGUCUUUUAGAUUUAAAAAAAAACAAAACAUCAAGAUUUCAUUAAGAUGUAAAAGUGUCAUAUUGGAGGUCAGACUCUGCAGUGUAGGGCGUGUGAAUGUAGUAGCAACCGUAAUCCAGAAGGAGGUAAUGGCUUAAAUAUACCCAUGGAAGAAGGAAAAGUCACUGCUCUCAUAUCUGCAUGCUAAAUACAGCCACAGCCUGGCACAAAUAUUGGAAAGCACAUCUUUGCUUUCCAAUAUUUGUGAAUGUAGAACCGAUGAGGACUACAAAGUUAGUGUGUGGGGAUUGUGUAAACAGUGUUUUAUAGCAGUUUCCCAAAUAUAACUUCAUUACCAGACUUGUGAUUAGAGGUUGCUCCUUAUUAAUAACUAUUCUACCUACACUAAAUCACCCUACGUGGGCAGCAGCUCAUUGAUGCACCUGUACAAUAUUACAAUGUUUACGAUAAACUGAUUGCAGAACAGAAUCUGACAUUUGAACGUUAAAAAAGACACUUUGAUGGUUAAUUAAAAAAAAAUAAAAACCAUCUUUUGUUUCGUUUUUGUUUGUAAGACUUUCUAAGCGGGCGUUCGCGUGAACUUUUUCCAUUUGUUCAAGACUACAUAAGUGCACUAUUAGCGAUGCGCUGCUUAAGACUGGAAUCUAUUUAUUAACACUAAGCUGGCUGUAGGUUUGUGUUGGAUGCAGAUAUGAACGUACUGUCAGUGCUGUGAUGCAAGCUCGUGGCAUAAAGGGAGCAACCGUAUGAUGGCCGACUACUCCUUUUUAAAAAUUGAGACUUGUCUUAGGUUUACUGGGUGCGCAUGUUAAUCUCUUAUUUCAGACAGUAUGUCGAGACGACCAGUCUUUUUCAAAGUGGCGUUUAAAGAUCUGAAAUCUAUCCAUCAUGUCUGUGGUUUAGAAGACUACUUUUACGUUGUACCACUAGAUGUGUGUCUCGGGGAUGACCACUUAAAUAUAAAGAUUUCACAUUUCCUCUGUAACAGAUGUGUGUUUAUGUUUAAAAGAAACGACAGACUUGUGCCAAGUUGUGAAUGAGUUUUACUGUGAUCCGUGGCGUCGCUCUGAUAUUGUACCCGUUUUCCUCAGUUUCCUCGCUGUUUGUUGCAGGUGGCGGGCAUGUAAAGCUAAUUGUGUAAGAAAUAGAGCUGUUUUCUUUUGGCUUAAGGAAUCCCAUAUUAUGGUAUGAAAAUGUAUAUUUUUAUCAAAGAAUUAAGUGAAAUUAUCUUUUUUGUUUUUGUUUUAAUGAAGCACCGUAAUUGGCUAGAAAACAUCAUGGCCAUGUAGACUUUAUUUCUCUGUUGUAAGGAGUGACUGUCCAUUUAAAAAAAUUAAAAAUAAAAAAAAAAACAAGAAAAAAAAAAGCUUUCUUGCUCAUUAGAGUGAGAGGUGAGCCAGCUCAGUUGUAUGCUUAUUGGAAAAUAAAUGCUUUUUCUACUG